CCCUCGGGAGGUUGUGCCGCUCGGAGCCGGCGUGAAGCAGGAUCGCGGUGGGGAGGAAACCCGAGUUUGCGGCGCCGCUGCCGCCGGUGCGCGGGGGCAAGAGCGAGAGCGAGCGAGCGGAGGCACCUCCGGCACACCGGCUCCGCCGGGCCGCCCCUCCGCAGCCCUGGUGCCCACCCACCCGGCCCGAUCGCUGCCGGCGGGGUCGGGCCGGGCGAGGUGGGAGCGGCGGGGGCGGGCGGCAGCCGCGGGGGUCGUCGCCAUGACGAGCGGGCGUGCCGCCGCCUCCCGCCGCUGAGCGGGGCGGCCGCUGUCCCUUCAGCACCGCGCGGCCGGCGGGGCCGCCCUGCCCUGCCCUGCCCUGCCCUGCCCUGCCCUGCCCUGCCCGGCACCGGCACCGGCACCCCUCCGGCACGGGCACCCUCCGGCACGGGCACCCUCCGGGCAGCGAGGCGAGCCCGGCGGCCCCCGCGGGCGGCGGCGAUGGCGGGCGGGGGCCGGGGGCAGCGGGGCGCGCCGGCGGGGGGCCGCGGCCGCUGAGGCAGCAGGUUUUCAUUCCCUACCCACCUUUGGAAGGAGCUCACUAUGACAGGGCAGAGUCUGAGCGCUUUAUCUGAAGCGAAUUUUGAAGACAAUGAGAUCAGCAUCAACGUUGGAGGCUUUAAGAAAAAGAUGAGAUCCAACACAUUAUUAAGGUUCCCCGAGACCAGGCUGGGCAAAUUGCUGAGCUGCCACUCAAAGGAGUCGAUACUGGAGCUUUGUGAUGACUAUGAUGACACCAAGAAUGAAUUUUAUUUUGACAGGAACCCCGAGCUCUUUCCUUACGUGCUACAUUUUUAUAACACUGGCAAGCUCCAUGUGAUGGGUGAACUCUGUGUCUUCUCUUUCAGCCAGGAGAUUGAAUACUGGGGAAUCAAUGAAUUCUUUAUAGACUCCUGCUGCAGUUAUAGCUACCAUGGGAGGAAAAUGGAGCCAGACCAAGAGAAAUGGGAGGAACAAAGUGACCAGGAAAGUACGACAUCUUCUUUUGACGAGAUUUUGGCAUUCUACAAUGAUGCCUCUAAAUUUGACAAACAGCCCUUUGGAAACAUCAGGAGGCAGCUGUGGCUUGCUUUGGAUAAUCCUGGGUACUCGGUUUUAAGCCGCAUCUUCAGUGUCCUUUCAAUAGUGGUGGUGUUGGGCUCCAUUGUGACCAUGUGCCUGAACAGCCUCCCAGACUUCCAGAUUGUUGACAGCAACGGGAACACCGAGGAAGACCCUCGCUUUGAAAUCGUGGAACAUUUUGGUAUUGCAUGGUUCACUUUUGAACUGGUGGCAAGAUUUGCAGUAGCUCCUGACUUUUUAAAAUUUUUCAAGCAUGCCCUGAAUUUGAUUGACCUAAUGUCCAUCCUUCCAUUUUAUAUUACAUUAAUUGUCAACUUGGUGGUGGAAAGUAGUCCGACUCUAGCAAAUUUAGGCAGAGUUGCACAGGUCCUGAGACUCAUGAGGAUUUUCCGCAUAUUAAAGCUUGCCAGACACUCCACAGGGCUCAGGUCUCUUGGAGCCACUCUGAAGUACAGCUACAGAGAGGUGGGGCUUCUUUUGCUCUACCUCUCUGUGGGCAUCUCCAUUUUCUCAGUAGUGGCUUACACCAUUGAGAAGGAAGACAAUGAGGGGUUAGCCACCAUCCCUGCUUGUUGGUGGUGGGCUACUGUUAGCAUGACCACCGUUGGCUACGGGGAUGUGGUGCCAGGGAGCACUGCCGGCAAGCUGACGGCAUCUGCAUGCAUCCUAGCUGGUAUCCUAGUGGUAGUGCUUCCCAUUACACUGAUCUUUAAUAAAUUCUCCCACUUCUAUAGGCGUCAGAAGCAGUUAGAGAGUGCCAUGAGAAGCUGUGAUUUCGGUGAUGGCAUGAAAGAAGUUCCAUCUGUCAACUUAAGGGACUACUAUGCUUAUAAAGUUAAAUCCCUUAUGGCCAGUCUGACCAAUAUGAGCAGGAGCACCCCCAGUGAGUUGAGCCUGAAUGAUUCACUGCAUUAGUGUACAAGUCUGACAGCAGUUUGCAUGAGAGCUACCAAGAGCUAUGUUUAUAAAUGUUUUCCUAUUUGUCUUUUUUUUUUUUUCUAGAAGAUAGUGUUGCUGACACUGCACUUUGCACUUGAGAAACUAAAGACAUUUCUAUUACAAGUUAACAGUUUGCACAUUUUCAUCCUGUUGCAUAAGGGUACUAAGUGCUGACUUUUCCAUGCAAAUGUUACCACUUCCAUGCCAUUAAUGCUAGUGGUAUAGUGAUGAUCUGUUACUUUGUGAUUUUCUCAUAUGAGCAGAGAAAUGAAUGUACCCAAGUGGAAUAAAAAUUCUCAGCUGUGACAUGAGUAAUGAAAAAAAUCACCUAUCACCUAUACUGGUGUCUGUACUGGUAUAACACUUCCCUUACAACGGUUUGAAACAGCCACCUGUGAGUCACUGAUACAGGAACAUUUCUACCUAUAUUGCUGACCAGUAAUUCUGAUCAUCACUUGCCCGAAAACACCUCUGACUUUGCUUAUUCUUGAGUAUGUGUGUUAAAAUCUGGGUGUUCUUGUUCUGAAAUGUUAUGUAUAAUGAUAUUUUUCAGAAUCUUCUGGGCAUAAACCUUCCUCUGUUUCCAAGAUUAGGUCAAUACUGAGCCCUCUAGAGAAGGCCAGCCCUCAUUUUCAGGUAGCUACAUAUUCAAAGACUACAUUCCCACAAGUGACUCUAGGUAUGGAGGCCCAUCUAGAGCUCCCAGGAUCCCAUUUCCAGAAGGGAUCUGCUCACAGCUUGGUCCCCAUGCAGCUGUAAAUGUGCUGUAUCUGUCCAUCAAAAAGGUUUUGAGAUUAGACAUAUGAAGAUGUGGGCUUUAAACAAUUAGAAACACCAAUGAAAAACUUGGAUUUGAUUAAUGAAGUGAAAUAUUCCCACAUGAACAGUACAGGCAGCAUUUUAGGAAUUGACAUUCAUAUACUGCAAAAAGACUAAUUAUAAAGAUGCCAUAUGUGAUGCUGAGAUAUAAAAUCUAAUUUUAUCAGUAAAGCUUGAAAGCAGGUGUUGAUGACAGACAAUUCCAUUAAAAUUUCUGCCAAGGAAUCUCUAAGCAAAAAACCAUUUUCACUCAGAAAGAAACUCAAUUUACAGCUAAGGGAGAGUAUAAGGGCCUAAGAAGGGAACAGAUAAAGAGCUCAAUACUGCACUAUCUGUGGGUAGAUCCUCCUACCUACUUCUGUGAUGUAGACAAUUUUAAUCCUUUCAAGGGCUGGCAUGUACUUGUUUAAAAAAAACAAAAACCAACAUGAGAGAACAGAUCAUAUGCGAUUUCAAGAGUAAUAAUGAAUCUGCAUAGAGUUGUUUUUUGAGUGCUCAGUCUCCUCCCUUACACAACUGUACAGAGAUCAAACACUUGUAGUCAAGGGGCAGAAGCCACUGCUUCCCCCUUUCUACAUCUGUGCUAGAAAACAGACUACUGGCACUAGGUGGGCAGAACAGUAUUUCUCUUCAGAUCCUACUGCUUUUCCAUCCCAUUCAUUACAUAUAAUGUUCCAAUUAAUUUUUUUGUUCGUUUUACUUGGGAAGACUAGAGAGGUGCAGAAAUUAAAUUCAAGCUAGUUAGAAGAGAAAUUAGGUGCAAUUAGAAGGUGAAAUUGUCUUAUUUUGAAGACUGUGUUUUUAAACCAUGACAAAGGGUGGCUCAACCAACAAAAUAAAGCAAAUAUGGUAUGAAUAGGUAAUUGCCUCAUUUAGGCUAUUAGAGGUUGCAGCUUGGUCUGGAUCUUUUGGCGCUGUAUCAGCUCCACCUAAAAAACCAGAAAGCUGAGCACCCGGGAUCAGAUUUCUGUUUGCCAGUGAUCUAUGACAGAAUACACAGUGUGAAAUAACUUACUCCCCACCCCCACCAUUUCUGUUGAACACCCUCCCCUCACAUCAGUAGCUGAUUUAGGCCAUGAAGCAUGAGGGGAAAAGGUUGUUUCCAACCUUAGCAAUUUUCAACACAGCCUGCACAAGUUAUAAGUCAAUUGGCAAACCAUUGCUUGCUGUCCCGGAAAUUGAAAGUGCCAAAGGUCCUGAAGAUAGACCUAGAUAAACUGAGUUUGGUGUCCCAACUUGAAACAUUUUGCUAAGGUUUACACUUCUAGAUAGGGCCACUUCAAUUCAAUUUAUGCUGAUUCCCAGGCACGAAUUCAGUCCUCCUAUCCUGAUUCAUAGUGCACGAGUGUCAGCUAUGACACACCCACAAACAGCCACCUAACACAGGGAGCUGAAUGAAACACCAGGGCAGAAACAAGGGCAGGAAGAGGUGGCAUGGGCAGCACACCCCCCAGUCAGGUGACAUGCUGCAAGGGUGGCACAUUCUCUCACUGAUGCAAAGGACACUCCAAAGUCUGUCUGUUGCUUGGGGCUUUUGGAGAACUCGGCUCCAAGCAGUGGUUUUAUCUCAGUUUCAUAAACAGUAGAUUUACAGAGCUGAAAACCAGAGACUUUCAGAGCAGUUAUUUGGUGAGACCUGUAGACUUGCCAAAGAGCCACAAAUUCCCUCAGCUGUUCCUAGUUUAACACUGCAAAGGUUGGAUUUAACUUUGCAACACAUCAUUUCAAUAACCUAUAGCUUAUCUUAUAUUCUAGAUUUAUUAUUAUUUGUAGGGCUGAUGUUCUGUCAUUUCUGCAAAUAUUGACUGGAAUGUGUCCAAAUUGCAUUUUACUAAAGAAAAUGAAAUACCCAAGGAAUUCCAACUUUAUUGUACUGGUUGAAAGGAAUUUUCAUUAUUGCAUUUUUAUCUAAGUGCUUUUGAUCAAAGACACUAAAUAAAUAAAGUACUGAAAUUUAA